CGGCAGCACAAACGGCAAAGAUUCCUGACCAUUACAAUAUGAAUGACACGUGCAGAGUCUGCAUUUCACAUUCAGUAUAUAUGUGACAGGUGGGAGUCUUCAAAGAGCCGCACGGAUCACACAGGGCAAGGCCAGGGGGCAGACACAGCGGCCGACAUGGGGAAGGUAAUCUUCUACGAGGAUAAGAACUUCUCUGGGCACCAUAUUGAGUGCAGCAAUGACUGUCCCGACCUGAGGUGCUUCCUCAUCCACUGUAACUCCAUCCGAGUGGAGAGCGGCAGCUUCAUGAUCUACGAGAAACCCGGCUUUGAUGGAAACCAGUACUUCCUGAGGAGAGGGGAGUAUCCCGACUUCCAUGACUGGACCGGCGUCAACGACUCCGUCUGCUCCUGUCGCCUCAUCUGCACGAACCAGCAACACGGCUCGUUCAACGUGCGUCUGUAUCAGCGGAUCGAGUUCGGGGGUCAGAUGAUGGACCUGAUGGACGACUGUCCCAGCGUCAUGGACCGCUUCCACAUUAACGACAUCUUUUCCUGCAACGUCACCGAGGGUAACUGGCUUUUCUACGAACACCCAAACUACAGCGGCAGGAUGUACCUGAUCAGACCCGGAGAGUACCAGAGGUUCAGUGCGUGGGGCGGCAGGACCGCCAGGGUCGGCUCCAUCAGACGCAUCAUGGACUAUUCUGACGCCAACAUAACCAUGGGAAAGAUCAUUUUUUACGAGGACAGAAACUUCCAAGGGCGCUCUCAUGAGUGCAACAGCGACUGCGCCGACCUCCACUCCUACUUCAACAGGUGUAACUCCAUCAGGGUGGAGAGCGGCUGCUUCAUGGUGUACGAGAAGCCCAACUACUUGGGCAACCAGUUCUACCUGAGAAGAGGAGAGUACUCCGACAACCAGCGAGUGAUUGGAAUGAGCGACUGUGUGCGGUCUUGCAGGCUAAUUCCUCAGCACCGAGGCUCCUACAAGAUGAGGCUCUACGAACGCCCCGACAUGUCGGGCCAGAUGCACGAGCUGGUGGACGACUCCCCGAACAUCCAGGACCGCCUCAACACCUCCGACUUCAACUCCUGCAACGUGAUGGACGGCCACUGGCUGCUGUACGACCAGCCCAACUACAAGGGCCGGAUGUACUACCUGAGGCCCGGGGAGUACAGGCGCUACAGCGACUGGGGAGGAGUCAGCCCGAGGGUCGGCUCCCUCAGAAGAAUCACGGACGCCAACUGAGCCGGGCGUCAAGAUUUUAACUACUGAUUUCCCAAUAAAUGUCACUGCUUCAUAAAACGUA